AGUGGAAACAUGAUUCGGUUCGUCUUCAUCUUUGUCCCCUUGGUGCUGACCGUUCAUCCUGUCAGGGGCCAACAGACCAGACUCAACACUCUGACGUUUAAAUAUUAUUAUGUUUGGGCUACGUGGCCACAGGCUCAGUCUGCCUGUCGAGAGCAACACAGCGACCUGACCACCAUCAGAAAUGAAAGUGAAAUGAAAGCUUAUUCCAGCGGCCAAGGCUGGAUCGGAUUGUACCGUGAGAGUGAUGACGGUCCGUGGAAAUGGUCCAGUGGAGAUGAGAUUGCAACCUUCUUCAAGUGGGAACUUAAUGAACCAAAACACGGCCAGCACUGUGUCUAUCAGUACCUAAGCAAAUGGAAAAGUGAAAGAUGUGACAUUUCACAUACUUACAUGUGUUAUGAUGAGGACCUGGUUCUGGUGAAGGAGAAUAAGACGUGGGAGGAGGCGUUGGAGCACUGCAGGACUCUGAAGGAAGGGAACAGAUACGACCUGGCAACCCUGAUCACCCCCGAUGACCACAGCUACGCACGAGAGAGAGCCCAACACGCCACCACUGAGGAGGUGUGGACGGGUCUGCGUUACCUGGGCGAUGAGUGGGUCUGGAUUGCUGGAGAACCGGUGCAGUACCCGGACACGCCAGGCUGCCCAGGUAGCAGGUGUGGCGUCCUGGAGAAAAAUAGCGACUCCCUGUUUGGGAUCAGAGACUGCAGCCAGAGGAAGAACUUCUUCUGCUAUAAGGAACCUGAUGGCGGCUGAAAGCCUCCGAGGUUCUUCACACAGAGAACAUUUAGAAACACUCUGUUUAACACGUACACUAACAUUAUAUACAGGUUUAGUAAAAUAUGUAUAGACAAUAAAGAAGAGCUGCCAUUAAUUAUUAUUGUCCUAUCAAUUAUUGAGACAAUUAAUCAAUCAAAUCACAAAGUGCCACAUUCUGCAGAUUUUUCAUUUAAGCACUGAAGCUUC